AUGGAAGAAGUUGGAUUGCGGUCAUGGGAGUUACUGGUGCCGGCAAAAGCUCAUUUAUCCAGCUUUUGCACUGGCAAACCACCGGAAGAACUUAAGAUCGGACAUGGCCUGGAGAGCUGCACUACGGUGGUACAGGGGUACAGUUUCAUUUGCAAGGAUAAAAGGGACAACGCCAACAUCCUAGUCCACUUGAUAGACACACCAGGCUUCGAUGACACAAACAAGAACGAUGCCGAGGUCCUCAGAGAUAUUGCAAACUGGCUGAACACAGCGUAUCAAAACAAAAUUGUCCUCAGCGGCGUUCUUUAUUUACACAGGAUCAGUGAUCUAAAGAUGCAAGGCUCAGCCAGACGAAAUAUCUUGAUGUUUAUGCAGCUCUGUGGGCCUCAUUGCUAUCAGAACGUCAUGCUGGUGACUACAAUGCGGUCCAUCCUGUCGAAUACAACAGGUGAGGAUAGAGAAAGGGAGCUCGUUGAGAAGUUUUGGGCCACCAUAAGUUUCAGCCUUCCCUGCGUUUAUGAUAUGGAGAAGCAAGGAAAUCUAGUGCCACGGCAGGAAGGGAACAAGAGGUCAGCAUUAUCAAUUCUCGGUGAUCUUAUCGAUAGACGUGAAAAGAUUAUAUUGCAAAUCCAACAAGAAAUGGUCGAAAACAAAAGGGAUCUCAAUGAAACAGCAGCCGGACAGCAGCUCGACCAAGAUCUUCUUCAAGAGCAGGCCAAGCACAAGAAGGAGAUGAGAGAGCUGAAGCAACAGAUGGACCAAGCCAUCAAGAGCCACGAUGAAGUAGCAAAAGCAUACAUUGCCGACAUGCAGAAGGAUCUACAAGGUAAAAUUGAGGAAGGAGAAAGAGCAAGAGAAUCGAUCCGGCGGGAUUUGAGAAACUGCAGAAAGAGCGCGAGGAUGAGAUGA